AUGAAUAAAAAUAAUUAUUAAUCAUAGAGAUCAUCAUACUCGUAUGCUUAGAAUAAUAUUGGCAUUAACAAUAAAAAUAUGUAUUUAGUUGGGAAUUAGUUCAUAAAAGAUAAAUGGCUAGAAGAUUCAUAAAGCGAUAUAGACUACCAUUUUUUUACAAAUAAGGCAUUUGACCUGCUAGACGCUUAAGCAAGAUUAUAAGAAAUAGACAAAGAAGAUGUCACAAAAAUAAACUAAACAAUUAAAGAAAUAGAAUAUAUUAACAGAAAUGAUGACACCUAAGAGGAGGAUAUUAAAUAAGAAAACCUUUUACACUAAAUUUAAGAGGAGGUAUUUGAUGAAAGCAAAAAUGUGACAUUUUAUAAAAAGUCCAAAAUACUUGGCAAACCUCUCGUUAGAUUUGCGAAUAUUACAAAAUAAUUCAUUAGAAUUAUAUAUCAUUCUAAAAAAAAUAAAUAGAUAACGCACGAUUAAUAUAUCUACUAAGUUGAAAAAAGAACAUAAGACUCAGUUAUAUAAGUGAAAACAUCUAAAAGCGUAUAAAAUUAAAUCAAGUAUAAAAAUGAAAUAGUCAAAUUCUUUUAGGGCACACAAAAUAAUUAAGGCAAUGAGGGAGAGCUUAGCUCAUUAAAAUGGCUUGAAAUGUAAGAAUAUAAUUACAGAAUUAUAUUAAAGAACAUUCCUGGUGCCUUACAUAAAUUCGAAUAUGCUCUUUACCUUUGUAAUGAAAAAGAAGUUAAAUAAGCUUUAAAUACAAUUAGGAUAAGUUAAGCUGUUCAUCAACUAUAAGUUUUACCUUUGAACUGCUAAGGAGAUAUUAAUUUUUUAUUUUAAAGGAUCACACAUAAAUGGAAGGCAUGUGUAGCAACUUUACUGAAGAAGUAAAUGGAUAGCCUUAAUUCAAUAAAUAAACAAAAUUUUAAAUCUAUCACUUAAUAAAAUUUCACAGCAAAUACUAGCUACAGCCAAGAUUAUUAUAAUAAUAGAAACUCCAAACCUCUUUAAUAUAGAAAUAACUAUUCAAUGAAUGAAAAUUAAAUGUCAAAUAUAAUUAGAGAAUUACAAGGCACAAAAGAUAAUCGAAAUAAUUUUAUUGAAUAAGAUUCAGAAAGGAUAGCUCGUGAACUUGUAGGGAGCUCUAUCAUAUAAAAUAAUUCAGAAAUACAGUAAAAGUAAUCCAAGAUAAUAUUAAAAAAGGGAAGUACUACAGAAGAGUUUGAUUCAAAUAUAUUUUCAAUGACUCCCAUUCAAAAAGAUACCUUAGGAAAAAGUGAAGAAUUUGAUAAUUUUUUGAAAUAAAGUGUAAAAUAUAAUACGAAAACAGUUCCUAAUGAUGGAAAUAAUACAAUAUUUCAAUCAUAAUAAACUAAAAUAAAGCAAAAUUAAGAUUUAGAAGGACUCCCAUAGCCUAUAGUUAAAUAAAAUGACAAUAAUUUAAUAUCUGAUGAAUCAAUCAAUUUAGACAUUUUAGAUUAAAAAAAGGCAAACGUAGAAGAAAUCAAAGAUAUAUAUAUUAGCUAAUCAAAUGAAGAAAAACCUUUUCAAAACAAAAGCUCUUAUUAUAACCCAAGUAUAAUUAAUAAUAUUCUUAAUCCAAAUAAUACCAAAUCAUUGGCCUUCUUUCUAAACGAUAAUUCUUAAUCAAAUAAAUAAAAUUCAACAGACAAUAAUUCUUAAUAAUAAAAGAUAUAAACAAAUUAAAGUAAAUUAAAUGAAAGUAAUAAAAACAUAAGCAGUUCAGGUAUUUAGUCUGCUGAGUCUUAAAACUAUUAUUAUAACGAACAAUUGAAAAUAACAUAAUCUAUAACUACCAGUUAAUAUCAAAAUACAGGUAGAAGUGACUUGCAGGCUCCUUAAAAUAGUAUAGCCUUUUCAUCUCUUUAAACUAGCUAAGUAAUAGAUAAUAACUCAAAUCCUUAGCAAUCAUAAAGUUAAACUAGUGAAAAGAGUAAAGAAAAAUCUUUGAAAGAUUAAAAAGAGAAUGAAACCCAAAAAUUUUAACAAUUAGAUAACAGCCAUGAAGAUAUAAAAAAUUAAUCACCUUCAAUUAUGGGUUAAUUAUUGAGUAAUAACGUAUAACCAAUUACACUAGAUCCUUUACUAGAAGAGCCAGAAAUUACUUCCAUAGGCUCUAUCACUCCUUAGAAUAGUUACUAAAAACUUUAGAAUACCACAUUAAACUAAACUUAAAAGAAUAGCUCAAAAAACAACUACAAUUCAUUGCAAAGCUAAAAGGGAAAAGAAUUCUACUAGACUUAAUUUUUACAAGAAAAUAUGUUAAAGUCGGUUGGGGAAUAAAAUAGUAAGCAAAAUUCAGAAAGUUAAAGAUCAAAAUAAAACUCUGUAUAAAUUUUUGAUUAUUUAAACUAGUAAAAACCAAGCUCAUAGAGAUCUUUAAGUGUAUCUUCAACAACAGGAUCCAAGCCUCUAUAAUAAAAUAAGCCAUAAGACAACUCAAUAUAAAUUAAUAAAUCUAAUUAGGGUGCUAAAUAUGAAAAUAAUUAAUUAGUAAAGAAUGAAAUUUUAGAAGGAGAGAAUAAUAAAAAUGAUUCUUUUAUUAGAUAUUAGAUGGAAUAAAAAUACUAAAAAGAAAGUGCUAUUUUAUAAAGCUAUAAGAAAAAAUCUUUGAAAGGUGAAGAUUCUGAUAAAGCUAGUAUUAAAGAAAUCUCAAAACUUUAAGAUAAUUAUGAAUUAAAAUCUUCUGAAAGAUAAUUUGAAACAAGAAAGCAAGAGAAUUAAGCCGAGGUAAGUGAUAGGUCUAGUAUAUAAGAGUAAUAAAAAAAAAAAGAGUAAAUGCUUGAGUAUAUAAAUAUGAAUAGAGAGAGUAUUGUUUAAAGCUAAUAAGAAACUUAAUUCAAUACAAACAAUUUUGAUAAUAACAUAUCAGUAUUUUUGCAAAAAUUAGAAUUAAUUAGUCCCAUAACAGAUUACCCUCCUGAAAUUUAAGUAGAAAUGUAUUUAUUUAAUGUAAAUAAUAAGUAAAUAGUUGUGCAGAGUGAAUGGAAAUAGUUUAAUAAACCCAUUGAAAAAAUAGAAGAUAACUUUAUUUAUGAAGUUGAAGAAUCUUAUAAAGAAGUGGUCUUUUAGAUAAGUAAAACAGAAAAUUAUGAAGUACAUUUAUUCAUUAAAACGAAAUUUAACUCUAAAGUAAUUGGUACUAUUGCUACUAAAUUAAGUGAUGUUAUAGAUUAUGAUAAUCCUGGUAAGGAUUUUUGGCUUAUAUGCCCAAUAAACUAUCCAAAUAUUCCUUUAGCCAUUAUCAAUAUAUGGUCUAGCAUACAUGAAAACUGUGACAACUAUAGAGAAAACAUAUACUAACUCUAUUCACAGAUAAACACAAUCAAGAAUCCACUCUAUAAAUCGUACACUCACUUUCCUGAAAUCAGGAUAGAAGAUCUAACAAGAAUAGAGUAGCUUAUUUUUAAGAUGGGGUAUAAAUAAAAUUGGCUAUUAGAUGAUAUUUUUGAAGAGUAAAGCUAGAAGAUUCUUAAUGGCUCUAAACUAAAGGAAAUAAAAAGAUAAGUUUAGUAUGGUAUGGUUAAUAGGAUAGGCUAUUUUUCUGCAAAUAUUUUUAUUUAAGAAAAUUUAUAUAAUCGACUUUUAACGAAGCUGAAUGAAAAGAGUAUUCCAAAAAAGGAAGUAUUGUCUCAUUUUCACUAGCUGUGCUUAGAAGGCAUCCCUCAUAACAAAAGAUAGGAAUUAUACUUAGAGAUGCUUGAUUUUAAAGAAAAAAUUGAAUAAGUUAGAGAUGACUUUAUUAGUUAUUGCUCAUGCAACCCAGCCAGUUAGAAUUCUACUAUCUACAAUACAUCUGCUUAAGACAUCUAUGUUUCUUAUGAGUUGAAUCAAAGUGGAAACGAAGUAAAAACUCUUCUAAAUGAUUUCAAUUUAACUAAAUAAAGAGAUAAUUUUUACUAAAUCCUUUAUUCUGAAGCCAAAUAUUAUCAAAUUAUUUUUGAUCUUGACUUUGAGUUUUAAUUUAAUCAAGACUAAUAAAUGGCACAAAGGAUUCUACGAACCUUAUCUUUCGUAAUGGUUAUUUAAAGUGCCUCUAUCUCGCCCUAAUUCUACUCCGUUUACCAUUAGCUCCUAAACAAAUGUAUUAUUUUAAAUAAUUCUAAUAAGAAUACACAAGAAUCAGAAUCUUUCUGGCUACUAUAUACAAUAAUUACUUCAUUUAAUUCAAAUCGUCAGCUCAUAACGCGAUAUUUUCAUCUAAUUGAGUCCUCAACUAGUUUCUAAAAAAUUUCUAAUAUAAUUGGAAUAGAUUGCCUUAUUGGCUUAUUUAGUGGAAGCUUUAACGAAGAAUUAUGUUUUAGAUGCUGGGACGUAUUAUUUAUGGAAUAUAAGAGAAAGAGUUGGGAUAUAUAAGGUUACUUGUCUUGUAUCGGAAUAUCACUAGUCAAUCAGUAUCAAAUAGGUAGUUAGAAGGAGUGGGAAAUCUUUGGCAAAUAUUAUUUUAAUUUUACUGAAAUGUUUAGAUUAGCCAAAAGCACCUAUGAAACCUUACUCAGUGAUCAAUCUAACUACAAGAAGUGGAUAGAAAAGCUUACCUAAUCAGAGCAAUCCAGAAAAUAAAUAGUUGAAAAAUAUGAGAAUUAAAGGGUUGUUGUAUCAAAAUAUGUUCAUAAUUAUAAUAUUACUUUUAAUUUCAUUGAGCUAGAAAAACUGAUAAAUGAGUUAAUGGAAAAUAAUUACUAUUAGAGCAAAUAUUAAAUUUAAAAUUAAAAACCUCGAAUGAAGGAAUACAGUUAGUAUGAAAAUUUAAGUCCUCGUCAACAAUCUAAAACAGAAAGAGAUUACUCAACUUAGCAUGUUUCCCCUAAAACAAUUUUUAGUAAUUAAAAAGCUUCCCCAUACCAAAACUCUCAAUCUCCAUAAGUGUAGAUAAAUAAGAUUUAGAUGAUGCCUUCAAACAGGAAACAGUAAUCACAACCUUAACAACAAUAAUAAUAAAAUUUUAUGACUCUUUAAGCUAGUAAUGAUAAUUUAAUAAAUAUUAGAGAUAGUGUAAAUCAGCUAGAAACUCCAAAAAUAAAUUAACUUUCAAGCAAUAGAGGUGCAUAUAAUUCUAAUUUAAUUGAAUACUCGUUAAAAUUUAGAAAUCAAGAAUAAUCUAAUUACUAAUUUACUAAUGUGUUUACUCCAUAAAAAUCAAAUUAAAAUUCUAUUAGACAAUUCUCGCCAGUUUAAAAUAAUAUUUAGAAUAAUCUAGCAGCUAAAAAAACUAUAAAUCCUUUUGGAUCUUCUGUAAACAGUGCAGCAUUAUAAAAAUCUCCAUAAACAUAAAAUCUAGUCAGUUAAAGCAGUUCUAGUGGAGAGAAGUAAAAGGAGCAAUAUAAUUUAAGGUAAAGCCAAGAUUUCAGUGAAUAGGAUUACUUUGUAAAUGGUCUUAAAAAAUCAUAUGAAGAAAGCUUAGAAUCUAUAAGAUUGAGCUCAUUUUAAAAUUAAGACGAAGAAUACUUAUUUAAAAAAGAAAAUCUGCACAUAUUUAUUUCAAAGAUAGUUUGUGUGGACUUAGAUUAAUUAUAAUCAGGUGAAUAAACUUUCACAAAUUCAAAGUUAUGUGGAAACUACCAAGAUAGUAAUUUUUAGCCUGAUUUUAUUGAUGGUAAACGAGUGUUUAAUAAUGGAAUUAAGAAGCUUAAGUCCAUAUAUUUUCCUUCCAGACAAGAAAAUAGUUUGAAAUUAAAUUAUUUAUUAGAAAUUGGAAGAAGAUAAGUGUAAGGAGAUGAUAUUGAGAAAAUUGAUUAAUAUUAGUUUUUUGAAAGUGUUGAAAAAACACCGAUGCUAAGGAUAAAAGUUAGAAUUAAUGAUUUAAAUUACAGCCUAGACAUUGAUAUAAGAGCAUUCAAUAAAAAUACCAUGUAUCACUAAAUGUCAUUUAUGAUAGAGAGCCAAUACCCAGAUCAAAUUAUUUUAGAAUAUAACAUUUAUAUAGAAAGUUUUUCACUUCUUGAAAAUUAAUCGAUGCAACCUGUAUUGUAAUAGCAGAUGAUUUAAUAAUAUACAAGUGUUAAAUAAAAGAUGAACUAAAAUAACAACAAUAGUAAUCAUAAUUAAUUGCAAGACUAAGCUUUGAAAGGCAUAUAUGAUGUUCAGUUACUUAAAAAUGAUGUUUGUCUAAAUAACAGCUUUACAAAUAGUAGAAUAGAGAGAUUUUCUGAUUUUGAAAACUAUUUUAACAAUCAAGUGCUUCUCUAAAGCAACAUAUAGCAUUUUAUAUACAGUAAAAACAUUUUAACUAGAAAUCACAGAGUAUUUAAUUUAGCAUCUACUAGUGAUGACAAUAAAGUCAUGCCAAAUUCUACCUUGAUUAAAAAAUUGUUAAGUUUAACAGACCAGACUCGUAUUACUUCUCUUUAGAGCCUUAUAAAAGACUUAUAAGAAAAUGAUGCUAUUGAAAUUCUUUAAUUUAUUUUAUUUUAUGUACCAGCUUCUUACUAAUAAAAGCUAAAAAUACUCUACUAGCUUUUCCUUCUAAGAUAUCCACAGUAAACUAGCGAUGAUUUAGAAGCUUAUUUGAUAGAUUUUUUCUUGAAAACAGAAAUGAACUUUUUACAAUUUCGUGAUAUUUAAUAACUAAUUUUAUCCCUAAACUAACAAAAUGAUAAAAUUACUUUUGCAAAAAUUAUGUUUAAUUCUGGUGAAACGUAUGAUGUGACUGACUUUUUCAUAAAUAAAAUAGUUAGUAAGUUAUGCAACACAUAUCUUAUGGAUAAUUUAAAUAUAUCUCAGCCAUUUAUUAUAGAGAAAAUAAUAUAAAGCAUAAAAACAUAUGAAAGUUCCUCUUUGAAUAACUUUACUAGCUAGUAAAGCACUCAGCAACAACAAUUACUAUAACGACCUGUUAAAAAUGUUAUAGACUACAACUUAAAUUUUAAUAGCCAUCAAUAAAAUAAUUUGGAUCUUAAAAGUUAAACACCUUUCGAUCCAAUAUUUGCUUAAUCUUAAAACCCAAACAGUGGAUAAAGAAAAAAUUUUUUCCUAGAUUAAGAAAUAGAUGGCUAAACUCACCAAUUCAAAUAAAAGGAAGGAAAAUUUGAAGUAUUCUUCAAAUAAUAAGGUAGGUUAGUUAAAAAAGAUGUAGAGUUCACUCUAGAUGAGUUUAGCAAAGUCACAAUUACUUCAAACUAUGAAAAUACUUUUAAAUUAAAAGAAAUUUUCUCAAAAAAUCAAUUUAUUAUUAGAAACAAAGCCAUUCAAUUCCCACUCAGCUAAUUUAGAAAUUGGAUUAAUUUAAAACAAUAUUAGUACAUAGGUGAUUUUGAUACUUUUAAGCAAUAUGUUUGCGGUAUCAAAUUACUAGAAGUAUAUCUUAUGAAAGAUAGUCAAUUUGUUCACCCAUCUUUACCUAUUUAAAUAAACAUUCCUAUUCUUUUACAAAUCUAAUAUCAUGACAACAAAUAGCUUUAUUGUGAUUAUAUUUUUAUUUCAUCAAAUAUACAUAAUUUACUAAAGAAAUCAGUGUCAAUUAAUUAUCUACCCCAUCUCACUCUUGAUGAUUCAAUAAUCUUUAUUUUAUCAAGAAUAUUAAAACAACCCAACCACUUUGUCAAAAAAUAUGUUUAGGUUCUGAUAAACUCUAAAAUAAUAGAUAAACUUAAUGUACCUUUAAAGGAGAUAGUAUCACCACAAAAAGUAGUAGAAAACAAUAAUAUCAUUCAAAUAUUUAUAUAAGAUAAGAAACCAAAAAUAAAUGUUCCUCAAAAAUAUUAAUCACCAUAAAAUUUUGAUUUCUAAAGCUAGAAUUCUCAAAUACCAGAUCCCUAAUAUUAGUUUAAUGGAUACUCUAUUUGGAAUAUAUGCUCUACAAAAUAAUAUCUACCAUGCAAAAUAGUUUAACCAAAUUUAGUAAAAUAUAAUAAACAAAAGUUUUAUUAUGAUAAUAACCAAAAUGUUAUUAGAUGGUAUUGA